AUGGCUAAACCUAUUCAUCAUAUCAUUAAACGGGCAUGCUUAGUGAUUAUAAUUGUUAAUGCAAUAUACUUAACUAGUUGUUUGAUUUUUUACUCGAAAGACAAUGAGUCAAUAAUUCAAUCUAUCAAGAACAGCAUUAUUACACCAACAUAUUCAUAUACGCAUUUGGAAGCAACUGAUCAAGAUGAAGCGACUGCAACAAACUAUGGGGAAGAAAUUAAGAAAUUACUCGAAGAGGUUAAAGUAAAUAAAGACAAUAAAUAUUGGUUAACUAAUACCAAACUUUCACAUACGAAAUUGACAGUCAAUGCAAAUGACUUCACAAAUAAUUCACAGAGUGAAACUUCAUGGAAAAACAAGAAUAGCAUAUUUUACGAUCCAAGAUUAACGUUAUCCCUUUAUAUUAAUUACAUAAAGCAUAAUUCUGGACAAGAGGUCAGUAAAGAGGAUUUAAAAGUGCCAUUUGAUUGGGCCGAUUGGGUUGAUUUAACUUUAUUGAAUGAAGACUUGGCUCAACCUUUAGCUGACAGAAAGAACUGCGAUUGGAUCAAAAAAUUUACCAAAAUAGAUCAAAAUUCUGAUAUUUCUGCUAUAAAAUGUAUGGACAAUUCUGAUUUAUCUCCGAAAUUAAUUAAGAACUUAGGAUUUGAUUCUCAUGAACAACUACCUGGUUAUGUGGUUUAUGGAUACUGUGAAAAUAGGGCAUUUCACGAUACAAGAAUCGCCCAAGGGAAAUCAUACAUUUUUACCCAUUUGCAAAAUCCUUAUAAAUUGAUAUUUUUAAAUAGAGAUGGUGGUACAUACGAAGUUGACGUUGAAGGUACAAAGAGUGGUAUUGCUAAGUCUGGUUUAAUGAAUGAAUAUUUAUCUAACAAUUUUGGAAACAAUAAAGAUGUGUUGAAGAAAAUAAACGUUGGUUCUGAAUUAAAUUUAGAAUUUGACCCUACUAAAGAAUUCAAAUCUUUAAAAAAAGAAGAAAAGGUUCAACCAAUGCAUUUGAAAUCGAAUGAAGACUCAUAUAAGAUGUAUGAAUUAUUACAUAACAAGGAUAUUACUAAAAGCCCUGAUUUGCAUCUACCAAACGAGGCAUUUCAUUAUUCUAGUUCAAUAGUACAUGAGAAAUUUACAUUGUUAGAAAGAUUAAGGAACUUACAAGACCUAACUAGAAGCGAGGAUGCCUUUUAUAAUUCUUUGAAACUUUCUAGAGAACAUAAUGGAAAUAGUGAGCCUGCCUACUUCCAAAUGUCAACUUUAUCGGUAAUUGGAGAUCCUCGUAAUGCAGAUAAAGAUCAAGGUUGGCAUUAUGAUUGGAGGUUCUUCAAUGGAGGUUUAACUUAUGAAAGGGAAGGGUGGACCAAGUCUGAAUUAACUAUUCGUACAAAUAUCAUCUUAGAAAGAUUAGUUCGUAAUUGGUUCAGAUUUGCAGAAGAAAAGGGACUUGUUUCCUGGUUAAUGCAUGGGCCAUUAUUAUCAUGGUAUUGGAAUGGUUUAACUUUCCCAUUUGACAAUGAUAUUGAUAUCCAAAUGCCUGUAAAAGAGCUAGUCAGGUUAGGAGAGAAUUAUAAUCAAACGCUUGUAAUUGAAGAUUUAGAAGAAGGGUAUGGAAAAUAUCUAAUUGAUGUUGGAACGUUUAUUCAUAAUAGAGAUAUAAGUACAACCGGUAAUCAUAUUGAUGCAAGACUUAUAGAUGUUGACUCUGGAAUUUAUAUUGAUAUUACUGGUUUAAGUACAAGCGAUGCUCCAGUACCACAACUAUUCUAUACUAAUGGCGUAUUUGGCGAUAAAGAAAAAGACAUGGAAAAGUACAAUGAUAGAAGAAAGCAUUUUUAUACAUUAGAUCAAUUGGCUCCAUUGAAAUAUUCAAUGUUAGGAGGAGUGCCAGCCUAUGUCCCAAACAAAAUAUCAUCCAGAUUACAUUUCGAGUACCCAAGUGGCUUGACCAGACCGGAAUAUUUACAAUGGCAUUUUGUUCCAAAAUUAGGAUUAUGGUUAUCCGAGGAACAACUUAAAGGUGCCUUUGAUGUGAAUGAUUAUAGUGUAUUACUUUUUCAUGACUCACACGUAGAUAAACUUAGCAUGAUGGAAUUGGUACUUGAUAUGUCGGACGAGGAAAUGUAUAAGCUUUUGAAAAGUGAUGAUAUGAUUUUAAGUGAAUAUUAUAAUACCCAGAAGUUGACAAAAUUGCAUGAAAGAGAAAAAAAAUACUUGUUCAAUAUUAAAAAUGAAUCAGCAACAGGUUCAACAGAUAUUGUUGUUGAAGAUAGGACAGAGUUGAAGUCGAAUGCAGAAUUGGAACUGGAGUAUAAUAAAUUUGUUAACAAGAAUUUUAAAAUGCGUAAACCGUCAACAAUUCCUUUAUUUCAAUAUGAGAGAUUCGAACAGCCCUCACACCAUGAGAAAUAA